AUGCUGAUUGGUAUAUCCGUAGAGGAACGAGACCUCAUAAGCCACACGGUUCUCGCAGAAAUCACUGCCGAGACUGCCGCUACCUUCCACAAUAGAGUCCCUCAAUAUCUCUUCAAGGUACUCCAGGACUCAUACAGCGAACUCAACCUCAAGCUUGUCAUCCAGCAGAAUGCUGUUUCACAACAAGGGGCCAGAAUGGCGGGAACAGCUUUUGGAAACGAGGUCCUGCCUCACACCCCACCGGAUUCGCCACUAGAAGAAACCGACUGCGAUGUGUCGUUCUACUAUGGACCUGACACAGAGGCUGUCGCCGAAGACGAUUGGUGCAAGGAUACGAACAGAGUAGAGAAUCGGGCCAGCAAGCUCAAGGCUCAAUUGCUAGAGGUGGAACGUGAGCGGAAUGCUGUGAGCCAAAGGCUUAGAGAAAACGCUAGCAAAAUUAAAAAAGAGAUGCAAGGAAUGGCGCUUGAGGGAAGAGCCGUGGACAAAAGACGCACCGAUAUUCUAGGGGCGAUGCAAAAGAGACGGCUGGUGCAAGACAGGACAGGAGACUACGGACCAGAGGCUGUGGGCUACGAUGUUUGCGAAGACCCAGAUUUAUAUGUUGCAAAGCAAGAUCAUACCGCGCGUGCCGUCAUCCUGAAAAUCGAAAAUCAGGCAACAUGCCUGCCGAAGUCUUGA